CGUGACUGUUACUCUACCAACAUGGCGGACAGCGAGUCUCCUGCGAUGGUCGUCUCUCGCGAGUACGCGGCUUCUUUAAAGGAGUUACAGUUCAACUCAAAGCCUCAAAUUAACGCGUUAACAAUUGUAGCCGAUGAAAACCGCAAACACGCUGUCCAAAUCGUGAGGAGUGUGGAAACACGACUGAGUCAAGUGUCUGGUCAACGAAAGAUGCCCUUGCUCUAUCUAUUGGACUCUAUCGUAAAGAACCUGGGAGGGGAUUAUAUUGAUUUGGUUGCCCAAAAUCUGGUUUCCACUUUCUGCAGCGCGUUUGAGCAGGCUGACGAGCAGAUGCGUCGAGAUUUAUUCAAAUUGCGUCAGACGUGGUCUUCGUAUUUUCCUACGAAGAAGCUUCAUGCUAUUGACCAGCGUGUGAAUGUGAUGGAUCCCAAUUGGCCUGUUACUGCUGGUGGUCCCAUACAUGUCAACCCCAAAUUUAUCUCCCAGGAAGGGAACCCUUUGCCUGAUUCAAAGUCAAAGCAAGCAUCGAAGCCUGUACCUGUACCAACCGUUCGUCGCCCCGAAGAUAUGAGGCCUUCCAGAGAGACACCGAUAGAAGUAAAGAGAAGGCCGGUAGGACCUAAAGAGCAGGCUCUAGAGCGUAGAGAUCAAAUGCAAAGAGUGGUCGAGCCCGAAGAUCGCACGCUGGAGCGUCGGGUGGCGGUAUCGGUUGCCCGUCCGUCACCCGUAGGUCACACCGGGGGCGACUGCAUCACAAUGGAACGAAAUCGUGUGCUUCUUCCCGAUCCCCGCGGGAGCCCUUCGUCCGACGAUCCACGUUUCAAAGUGUCCGAUGCGAAGAGACCGCGACUAGACGACGAUGCGCGCGAUAGAAGUCGUUAUCACGUCGCAGAGCGUGAGACGCGAGAGGAUGAGAAAUAUGUGGCACGACGGGACGAGUUCCCGUCGCAACGCGAGGCGAUGAACAGCUUUCACAGCUUGAUCGAAGUUCCACCGGAGAAACUGCUAGAUAACGAAAAUUACAUUCUGAAGCAGGCAGAAGCAUUGCUGCAGUCUCGUUACAUUGAACAUGAAGAACGACAGGCGCUCUUUAGACUUAUCAAAGAACUACACCGGCAACAAACUUUACAAGAAGAAAGGACAUACAGUGCAGGCGUUGAGAGAAGACUCGCUGCUCCAAUACCAGCACCAACGAGACCUCCUCCUCCUCCUGAACAACGAUUCGCUCCCGCUCCUCUUCCAUCAGCUCCGCUUCCUGCUCCUCCUCCUUCAGGGCCUCCUCCUCGUCUUCUUCUGAAGGAAGAAGAAGACGAGCUUUUGAGGAAGAAGCAAGAGGACGACAGACGUCGUAGAGAGGAAGAGAACGAGAGGCGGAUGCAAGAACGACAGAUGUGGAACGCAAGUAGUGGCGCUGCAGGUCAGACUAAAGUCAAUGGCAUUCUACGAGCAUCAGAACCUGCCGAUGCCGCUGUGAGGCCUCACUUGGCAAAUAACGUUAGCGAACUUUUUCAAAGACUACUACAGACUGGUAUUCUCUCUGAAGCGCAGCGUAAGUCGGAAAACAACGACUACAAGUCGAUUAGUUCGAUGCAGAGACCUCCCCUACCCGACAUCAAACUCGUACCCAGUGAUCUACGAGAGCUCCAGAACGUGGUCGUAGUUGGCCUGUACAGCGGUCAGCAGUGUCCUACUUGCGGAGUGCGCUUUGUCGGGUCCAAGUCUAGUGAGUACAGCUCGCAUCUCGACUGGCACUUCAAGUUGAAACGAAGAGAAAAGGCGAACAAGAUACCGACGAGAAAAUGGAUGUUUCCUGCCGAGGAUUGGGUCAAGUUUAUUGAUUAUGACAAUCUUGAAGAUACGGCGCGCAGCACAGUAUUCGAUAUGGAGAAAGAAGAAGUUAUGACCAAAGAACAUAAAGUAGAAAGCUGUCCUGUCAAAUCCGAGGACGAAGAGGUUUGUCCGAUCUGUCACGAAGCCUUCGAGCAGUUUUGGGAAGAAGAUCACGAGGAGUGGCACUUUAAGGACGCCGUACGCAUAAGCGGAAUCGUGUACCACGUUAGUUGUUACGAAGAUGCUAAGGUACAGGAGGAGACUGAAGGGCACCUGACCAGCGUUCACUCUGAACAGACAGGCGCAGCUGAAUUGACGGAGAAGGGCAGCAGUGGUGACAGUGCGGUUGAUGCGAACGUGGAACAGCAGAGUGCGAGUACGUCUGUUGGUUUUGAAUCAGUCAAAAGCGAUGAAAAUCAUCCACUAGGAGCCAGUUGAUGCUUGGUUCUUGCCGUCUUGCAUGCAUACAUCAUAGUCGUGUACAGGCCUUUCAACCGUUCCCCAUUUUUUCGGACCCAACUGCCUUGAGUUGGUAAUACAAAUCAUUGGCGGACUCUGGUAUCGCGGUAUCUCCGUUAUUUGCGAAAGUUGUACACGUACCUUAAUUCUUAUAUUCUGAGUGGCGCACAAAUGCAAUAAAAACUACAUCAAAUUCCA